AUGGCUUUCCCGACCUUAGAUCCCAUGGCUAAAGUUGCGAAAGCAUCUCCUCCACGCUACGAUGAACCUUUCACAUGGGAGCACAAGCGCCUUCAAGGCUGGGGGGUGGUCCGGUUCACCUUUGGUAUUCUGUGGUAUUUGGUCAGGAAUCGUAUCCGCCAGAGGAAUCUCUUUAUCCCAGCUGCUUAUUUGGCAGAGCUGCGUAAGCGUGCCGAAGAGGAUCUUGAGAAGGACGGACAGGCAACGGAGCGUUUGAGUGAUGGGGAUAUCCUGACAGCAUGGCUGUCGCGUCUCGCAUGCUCCCACAUAAGCGAAAAGGGUACCUCAAAGCCCAUCUCUAUUUCUACAGCCCUGGAUCUCCGAGGCCGUCUUCAUGAAAACGAUAUGUCUCCAAACUUCGCUUACGUCUCGAAUAUUGUUGCAUACAACUGGACCAAUACGAACGCCCUCGAGCUCCUUCGCGGAACAUUCGGCAGGGCUGUGGCACUAGUUCGGAACUCAGUGAGGUCGCAGCUCACAGAUGCACAAGUUUAUGCCUCGACUCGUCUCACUUACAACGCCGUUGCAGAGAGUGGCAGCACAAAGCAGUUUACUGAGCCAAACGGCUUUGUGGUCUCCGUGUCUAAUGUGUCCAAGGCGAGAUUCCAUGAAGUCAUUGACUUCAGUCCAGCUAUCAAAGACGGUGGCAGUGAUGAGAUUCGGACAACACCGAGAGGCAAGAUCGUGUGGCAGUGCAACACCCCGAAGAUGAAGAUGCACCCACCGUGUCUGAUCUACAUACAGGGCAAGGACCAUGGUGGCAACUAUCUCGCACAGAUGUUGGUCUCUGAAAAGACCUGGCGCCUGAUCGAGAAGGAAAUAGAAUUCUCAGUCUGA